AUGCUAUCUUAUAAAACCUCUGCCAAAGGCAAGGGAAGAGAUGAUGGCCAGGAUGAAAAUGAAGGCCUGUUGGAUGGUGGUGUCUGGCUUGAACAGGGACCAGUUAUCGACAGUAGAUUGCGUCCAGGUCUCCCAUUUCCAACAAUUGAUGCCAACGGAAAGGCACAUUUCUGCACCAUCUCAACCCCUUCUGAAGGAGCUACAGCUGCACCGAGUGGUUGGGAUUUGUGGAAGAAUAGUGGCGAGCCGUCGACGCGUACUCGCACCCCCAGUCAGGCACAGGAUGUGUAUUCCGACAAAAACGCAAAAUUUGCUAAAGUUAAUGGCUUUCGCCUUCCCAAGGAACUAGCUCCCAGUUUGUGUUUGCCAGAACCAACCGGUAGGACGGUCGAGUCUGACUCCGAAGACUCCGAAGAAGAUGUCGAGAACUGGAUUUGA